AGUAAUUUGCAACCCUGCCGAGCUCUCUGACAAACAAACUUGAAGAACAAGCAGCAGCAGUAGAGCCGCAGCAGAACAGUUGCCGUCGCGGAGCGCCUCCGAGACACGACACACGCAGCAACAACAACAGCUCACGCAAUGGCCAGCAAGCCGACCUCUAGCCAGCCGGCGCCGCCCGCCCAGAGCAGCCGCGCGCCCGCUGACAUGGAGAUCCCGCGCGACCAGGACGUCCUGAAGCAGGUGGCUUCCCCUAUGGCCACUGCGUCCUCACACCUGGACCCCUACCCCCACUACAUCAUGAGUGGAGCCUGCGGCGGUGCGGCCUUCUACGCCUACAACACCAUGCGCAACCCGCGUGUGGCGGCCAUGGCCGGAGGCUUUGGCCUGGCGUACCUGUUCGCCGGUCGGCUGCUGGUGACGGGCCACCCGCAGCUGGGGUACGACAUCGGCACUCUCACCUCCGUGGGCGUGCUGGCCACCGCGCUGCCGGCCGCCCGCGCCACCGGUGACGCCUACAGCGUGGCAAUGUCGGCGCUGGGAGGCAUCUCGGCGCUGGCCAAUCUGCUCAAGAGCUACCAGCAGCGCACCGGACUGCCCCACGAGAUGGUGGAGAAGAGGUGAUGCGACCCGGCGGUGGCGCGGUCAGGGGCGGCAGGCAGGCAGGCGGGCUGGCAUGGCCUUGGGCGUGGCUUCAGGAGCGCACUGGCUAGUGCAGGAGUAGCAGGAGGUGUGUACAUCGAGGAGCUUGGUCGCAGCUAGCGGUGCCAAAUGACGGCGGUGGUGGGCUGUCCACUGCCAACCGUGUGCGGUUGUUGCGGGCGGGACGUAUGGCAACGGAAUGCACACGGAGGCAGGUUUAGGGCAUUGCAUGUUUGAGUUGCUGUUCGAGGAGUUGUGGGUAGGUGAGGAGGGCGUGGGAACGGGGGAUACGGCAUGCACGCCCGCAGCUGAGUACAAGAAGAU